AUGUCUUCUAACGACAACGAUCUCUAUGUUGGCUGCAAAGCCUACAACCCGGGUUUCAGCACUUCUUACGGAUACAUCCCGUUUCAAGCCGCUGGGAUUGCCUUCUGCGUUCUCUUUGGGUUAUCCAUGGUGGUCCAUAUCAUUCAAUUUUGUUGGAAGCGGACAUGGUGGUGCAGUGUGUUUAGCAUCGGAUGCAUGGUGGAAGUAUUAGGAUGGGCUGGUCGUCUAUGGGCCGCCGAAUGCCCCUAUAACUCGACUGCAUUCAUGAUACAGAUCUCAACAUUGAUCAUCGCACCGACCUUUUUCACCGCCGGGAUUUACGUCCUCCUCGGUCGCUUCAUCCAGCUCUUCGGCCGCCAAUCCUCAAUUCUCUCUCCGAAACGCUACCUCUGGAUCUUCUGUACCUGCGACAUUGUGUCCCUGGUCAUUCAAGCCGCAGGUGGUGGCCUAGCUUCCUCCGAGUCCAACGAAGUAAACGGUGACACCUCACUCGGCACAAACAUCAUGGUGGCUGGUAUUGUGUUCCAGCUGGUCUCGCUCACAAUCUUUGUGAUCUGCGCUGUCGACUUCUUCCGUCGCUCGCUACGCCUCGGAUACCUUGGGUCGCUCAUCCAAGGAUCUCUAUCAUAUCUUCUCUUCGCCAUGGUGUUUUCCGUCGUCUGCAUCUAUAUUCGGAGUAUCUACCGUACCAUCGAGCUGGCACAAGGCUGGACUGGAUACCUGAUUACCCACCAGAUUUACUUCAUUGUACUUGAUGGGAUUAUGAUGGUUAUGGCAGUUGGGAUCUUCAAUAUCUUCCACCCCGGGUGGUUGCUUCCAUCGGAUAUGACCUUUGUGCUGCCCAAAGAUCGCGCUAUUAUUGAUUUGGGUGACCCUGAGGCUCAACAGCUACAUUCUAGCACUGAGUAUACGGGGUAUGGGCAUCGCUGAGGAUUAACG